GGGAAGCGAAGGGAAAUUUUCUGCCUCUGAGCUCAAAACCCUCAACCCGCAGUUUCUCUCUCGACUCUCGAACGGUGAUUUUGAGCUUAAAUUUGCUGUUUCCGGCGGGUUUUAGAUCAAUCAACCAAGAUGCAGAACGAAGAAGGUCAGGACAUUGAUCUCUACAUCCCAAGGAAAUGCUCUGCCACCAACAGGCUGAUUACCUCCAAGGAUCACGCCUCCGUCCAGGUUAACGUUGGUCAUUUGGAUGCCAACGGUCGUUACACCGGCCAGUUCACCACUUAUGCUCUCUGCGGUUUCGUCCGAGCUCAGGGUGAUGGUGACAGUGCCCUCGACAGGCUGUGGCAGAAGAAGAAGGCUGAACUGCGCCAAUGA